AUGGACAGUAAAUCCCGCUACGAGCACCUGCCAAUCCCCACCUACGAAGAAGCCACUUCCUCCAGACCUGUCUCCUCCCAGUCCAGAAUUGGCCCUGAAGAGAUCAGUGACGAUGCAGAAAGGCAGGGCCUACUUCGCAAUGAUUCAAACGGCAAUUACCGGCCCCCAACUGUCGAGUCCGCCCGGCCCAGCCUGGAUUCCUUGGAUGGACUUGAGCAAGACACGGAAGAAGAGCGACGGAGAGACAUAGAGCAGAUGGAUAUAGAGGAUCCUCUCAGCGACACAUCUUCCAACCGUUCGCUGUUACGCUACCGCCUUUCGAAGCGAUUCUCCAGUUUAACAAACUCCUUUUCCUCCCUAUCACUACCUUCCUUCCGUUCGUAUUUUUCUGGCCUCUCCUGGCCUCAUAUAAAUUAUCAACAGCUCGAUACAAAUCGCGUUGUCAUUAUCGGGCGACUCUUCGGCGUUUUCUUGAUUAUGGGCCUUGUCUAUGUACUUAUAGCCUCCGAUGUCUUGUCAUUCACAAGAAACAGAAUGGGGAUGGGUCAGAUGUAUGAUCCAGAAUCCAUACGGAUAUUUAUUCAGAACCAUAUGAAUUCUCGGGGGAGUAUGCAGGAGCAUCUUCAACACAUAACUGACUUUCCGCAUAUCGCCGGUACGGAAGGGAAUUAUGUACUCGGAGAGUGGGUUGCUGAAUUGUUUAAAGCUUCCGAACUUGAAGAUGUGGAUAUGGAGAGAUUUGAUGUUUACUUAAACUAUCCUAGAAAACAUGGGAGGAGAGUGGCUAUCGUGGAGCCAGAGGAAUUAAAAUGGGAAGCGAGGAUUGAAGAAGACCAGGAGCAAGCAUUCGUCUUCCAUGGGCAUUCCAAAUCUGGUGACGUUACCGGCCGUCUUGUAUACGCCAAUUUCGGGUCACGAGAGGACUUCCAGGCACUUGCAGACAAGGGUGUAUCCGUCAAAGAUGCCAUCGUACUGGUCCGGUAUUAUGGCUCACAGGGCGACCGAGCCUUGAAAGUCAAGGCUGCCGAGCUUGCUGGUGCAGUGGGGUGUAUCAUUUAUUCAGAUCCUUCACAAGAUGGAUUUGUCCAAGGACCAACCUUCCCCGAGGGUCGAUAUAUGCCGGAUGAUGCCGUCCAGAGAGGGGCCGUCAGUCUGAUGUCAUACGUAGUUGGCGACGUACUUACACCUGGAUGGGCAUCUAUUCCUGCCAACAAGGAACAUCUAAAGCCUGAAAACAGUCCGGGCCUAAACAAAAUACCUUCAAUACCAAUAUCAUGGAACGACGCCAAACAUCUACUGGAAUCCAUCAAAGGUCACGGUUCGCAAAUGACGGAGGAAUGGAAGGGAACGCCGCAAACAGAGUAUUGGACCGGAGAUGAAACCUCACCCAAAAUAAACUUGAAAAACCUUCAAGACGAGGAAAUGAAACAACCAAUCUACAACGUUAUUGGCAAGCUUACUGGCUGGGAACAAUCAAACAAACGCAUCAUCGUCGGAAAUCAUCGUGAUGCAUGGUGUACAGGCGGUGCAGAUCCAGGCAGUGGUACUGCCGUCAUGCUUGAAGUAAUUCGUAUCUUCGGAGAGCUCCGUCGACUUGGAUGGAUUCCUCGACGAACGAUCGAGUUUGCCAGCUGGGAUGGCGAGGAAUACAAUCUUAUUGGCAGCACCGAACACGUCGAGUACCGUGCAGCCGAGCUUCGUGACGAAGGUGUUGCCUAUCUCAACGUUGAUGUUGGUGUCUCAGGAAGUGAUUUCCACGCUGCGGCAUCUCCAGUUUUCGAGACAGCCCUUCUCCGGAUUAUCGAUCGAGUUUUCGAUCCGGCUUCGGGUGGCUCUGUUCGUGGAGCUUGGGAUAAUGCCAACCGAAAUAUUACUGGACUCGGUGCUGGUAGCGACUAUGUCGCUUUCCAGGACAUUGCUGGCACCUCGUCGAUCGAUAUGUUCUUCAAAGGCAAAGCUUAUCCAUAUCAUAGCUGCUACGACAACUAUGAAUGGAUGACCAAAUUCGGUGACCCAGAGUUCCAAUAUCACAAAGCAAUGGGUGAGAUCUGGGCAUUAAUGAUCUACGAACUAGCAGACAAACCCAUCAUUCCAUUCGACCUAAACGCCUACGCGACGGCCGUGACAAGGUACAUCGAUGACUUGGACAACUACGUCCAAGCAAAAGCUGCGCAGCAGAAAGAGCCGACGUCAUCACUUCGGUCACUCGACCUCAGUCCUCUUCGCACAGCCUCGCAAGUCUUGACAGACCGAGUGCAGGAGUUUCACGCGUUUGACAGCGAGUGGCGCGACUUCUUCUUCGGAUCAGGCGGCUUUGAAUCCGGCAAACUGGCGAUCCAGCGACUUGAGCACAACGACCGUCUUACACAUUUCGAGAGCGAUCUCCUUGACCUUGCCGAGGGGGGCGGUCUACCCAACAGGACUCAAUUCAAGCACGUCCUCUUCGCCCCUCAGCUCUGGAGCGGCUACGACGAAGGUGUCUUUCCGGGGGUGCGAGACUCCAUCGAGGAAGGCCAGUGGGAUGCCGCCGCAGAACAAGUCAAGAAAAUCGCCGGUAUUCUUCAAACCGCAGCGAGGAAGUUGACUGAGGCAGAUGGUGAUGAGAGUAAGAAGCCUGAUUGA